AUGGCCCGACAAGAGGCCACCGCCGCCAGCCACAGUAGCACGCCGCCGCCACCGUCUCGGCCUAGUCACUGGUCACUAUAUGCAACCAACAUCGCACAUAAGCGGGUCGACAUAAUGGACUCAAACAACUACCAGUUAAUUGGAACAAUGGUCAGCGAUCACCACGGUGUGUUGUCCAAAAGGGUCGUGAAGUGGCUAAGCGAUGCACUGCAGACGAUUGCGUCGAAGAGUUACUGCAGAUUUGGCGGGUUCAGGAAGAACAUACUGGAGUGCCCUGAGAUGGAGAUUUGUUCCAACGACUGCGUAUUUUAUGUCAUGAGGUUCAUGGAGUCUUAUGACGGCAACAAGGAACCCAUCGAGAAGCUAACCAUCCUGACCAACUCGACGAUUAUAUGCUCAAGCAUCCUCCGCCAGCUUAUGUUCAACGAGCACAACCAAGCCGCGUUGCACCAUCCCGAUAUCGAAAAUGUUGAAGAUGAGGACGAGAGGGAGGAGAAGGGCGUCAGUAGCACUAAACUACCAUCGGUGCCGAAGGAGCGCGGCAACCCAACUCAGCUUGCAGAAUGGCCAAAAUGCCUGCUUUAG